UGGCAAUGGCGGCGUUUGAUGAAGUAAUUUCGCUAUCGUAAAACAGCUGUGUUGGUCACCGCGCAGUUUUCGCGCUUUUCAAUUCGUGCGCGAUCGGUUGAUAGGAGCGAGUGGCAUGUCCCAGUUAGCGUAGCCGAGCGUGGCCGCGGCCUGCGCCGCACCGAGGAGAGGAGCGGUCAUGGUGACAUUGCGCCGGAGUCGGUUCGCCCGCUGAGGAGAAGGGUUAGCUUUGGUUCUUCGCAGUUGGCCGUCCCCACUGCGUUCAUGUUGGACUCGACGGUGCUCCGCAAGCGCUUUUACAAGAAGCUCAACAUCAUGGACUCUGAGCCCGGGCGGGCUCUGCAGCGGCACUUCCGCGUCCAGUACCUGGGCUGCCAGGCGCUGGACCGGCGCUACACGCAGCCCAUGCUGCCGUGGAUCGUGGCCGACCUGCGCCGGAGUGGCCUCAAGGCGCCCAUCCCGGUGCUGCUCGAGGUGCGGCACUCGUCUCUGCGCGCGCACCGGGAGCAGGCCGAGGCGCCGCUCUUCGAGCACCCGCUGCACACCAUCUCGAGGUUCUCGCAGACGAGCGCAGACCGCUGCUGCUUCGCCUACCUGCAGCGCGACCCGUCGCCCGAGGUGCCUCCCCAGUGCCAUGUGUUCCAGGCCGCCGACAAGGAGACGGUGGUCGAGCUGUUUGUGACGGUGCGGGAGGUGAGCAAGGAGAGCUCCUCCCACGGGGGACUGGUGCGAGUGGGCAGCUCCUCGGGCCUGGACGCCUUCCUCAGCAACGCCCACCAGUUCGAGGUGCUCUACGUCGGCCGGCUCAAGGGUUCGUGCAAGCAGAGCUCGCACACAUUCCUGGACGACGCCGUGGACCGCUUCAAGACCAGGGAGCUGGAGCGGCUGCGGCAGCAGAGGCAGCCCCCCGACAACAGCCCCCACAGCGCAGCUGGCGCCAGGAGCCCUGAAGCGGUGCGCUUGAGCCACGAGAGCAUGAGCAGCCCCAGCAGCGAGAUGAGCUCCCUGGAGAACAUCUCGGAGGUAGCAGACCCCCCGGAGAGUGGCGUGCAGCCUUCCCCUUCCGGGGACCCCCGUGAGGCCCUGCUGGAGAGCCUGCGAAGCUGUGCCCAGGAGGACUUGAAUGCCAACCGGGCCUUGCUGGUGCCCCCCCACACCCUCAUCACCCACACCCACAGCCUGGACACCCAGUCCCGCCAGGCACUGGCACAGGACCUGCACACCGCGGGCCGUGCCCAGCGAGUGCGUUCCGCGAGCGGAGACGUGCCCUGUCGGCAGACGUCCCUGCCGGCCCUGCGUCCCCGGGUAAGCAGCGGGGGCGCGGCAGACCUGCGCCGCGCUGACAACGGGGGCCGGCACAGUCGCACUAUGCUGCUGCUGGUGCUAAGGAGGGAGCUGUGCCUGCUCAGCACGGACCGGAAGCAGCUGCUCGUCAACAAGCCCUUCUGCGACAUCUCGCGGUGCUACCUGGGCACCAAGCACCCCGACCACUUCGGUUUCAACUGCAGGGACUCCUCACUGGCCUCGACGGACAACUACAUUGCCCACAUCUUCAAAUGCUCCAGCGUGGAAGUGGCAAACGAGAUAAUGCAGACGCUGAAGCAGGCCUUCCACAGCGCCCUGCAGACCAAGGAGCCGUGCCCCCCGCAACUGCAGGGCUUGUGCGACUCCUGCCCCAUGCAGCGCUUCCACAAGCUCUGCCUGGACCUCGAAGGCCUCUCGUCGGACGACUGUUGCUCGGCCAUCCAGAGGUACAUCCAGCAGCUCUCGGACUCGGACAAGCAAAGCAUAGCCGCCAAAUAUCAGGUGGGCGACCUGAGGAGCGUGCAGGAGAAGAACGAGCUGUACAUGAGUCUGCUGCGGGGCCUGUACGAGGGCAAGCAAGCCAGGCACACGCACCACUCCUCCCUGGGUCACAGGCACGAGGGCUUCCUGGACUUACGAGCCCCGUCCUUCACCUUCGACCACCUCAAGGAGAAGGCCAAGAAGUCCCUGUCCAACUCCUUCGACACCAUCCUCAAGAGGAAAGCCAGGGAGGGCGAGCCACGGGAGCGCUCCUCUACACUGCCGUCGGAAGAGGCCUUUAAACUGACGCUGAGCGAGACGUCUCCCACGGGGCCCGGAUCCCAGCUGUCCUCGCGGGAGGGCAGCGCGGAUCCCGGCAGCCGAAGGGAUGUCGAAACGCGGUCGUGCGGUUCUGCCCUGCUGGAGGAGGAGGCCCCCCAGACGCCCAAGAGGAGCCCGCUCGUCAACAUCUUCCUCAAGGUGGGGCGCCACCAGUCAACGGAAGAGUCUCCCUUGGAGCCGGGCUCUUCCUGGAGGCAGGCCAUCUUCCAGAGGGUGCACAGCUCUCCCAACCAGGUUUCGGAAGCCAGCCCGGCAGCCGGAGAGACGAGGAAGACAAGGGAGGAGCUCCGGGGCCUAUGGAGGAAAGCCAUCAUGGAACAGAUCCUGCUCAUCCGCAUGGAGAAGGAGAACAGGCAGCUGCAGGUGAGCCAGGACGAGGCGACGAGCAAACGCCUACGCCUAGCCUACGAGGAGGUGUGCCCGUGCCCGAGGGAGGCUUGCGACCAGUGGGACCAGCUGCUGGCCAUGGGCCCCGGGGAACGCAUCAACCCGGACCUGCUGGCGGACCUGGUCCGGGCAGGGCUCCCCCGCCACCGGCGUGGGGAGAUCUGGCUGCUACUGGCGGAGCAGUGCAAGCUACGCCGUCCUCCGUGCCAGGGGGCCGAGGUGGACCUGUCUGUGGGCUACCAGCAGCUGCUGAACCAACUCACCAGCUACCAGCACGCCAUCCUCAUUGACCUCGGGCGCACGUUCCCGUCCCACCCGUUCUUCCGGGAGUGCCUGGGGCCCGGGCAGCUGUCUCUGUUCAACCUGCUGAAGGCCUACUCCCUGCUGGACCCCCAGGUCGGCUACUGCCAGGGACUCAGCUUCGUCGCGGGGGUGCUGCUGCUGCACAUGACCGAGGAAGAGGCCUUUGAGAUGAUGAAGCACUUUCUGUUCCAUCUGGGCUUUCGGAAGCAGUACAAGCCAGACAUGCUGGCCCUGCAGGUGGAGCUGUACCAGCUGUACCGCCUGCUGCACGACCACCAGCGGGAGCUGUACGUCCAUCUGGAGAAGUACGACGUGGGGCCAGCUCUCUUUGCCGCUCCCUGGUUCCUCACCCUCUUCGCCUCCCAGUUUCCCCUGGGCUUCGUUUCGCGGCUCUUUGACGUGAUCUUCCUGCAAGGGGCAGAGGCGGUGUUCAAGGUGGCCCUCUCCCUGCUGGGUGUCUUCUCCGCACAACUCAUGGCCUGCUCCAGCUUUGAGGCCAUCAUGGACUGCUUCAAGAGUGGGCUGCCCUCCCUGUCCCUCCACCAGAUGGAGGCACUCUUUGCCCAGGUGCUGUCUCUGGACCUUGGGCGUGAGCUGUGCGCCUACGAAGUGGAGUACCAGCUGAUCCAGGAGCAGGCCAUCUGCAGGGCACCUGGGGAGGACCAGCGCAACAUGCACCUGCUCGAGCAGCUCCAGGUGUCGCAGAGCAGCGUGGGGCGCCUGGAGGCCCAGGUGGCGUCAUACCAGGGCACAGUGCGGCACCUGGAGGACCGGAUCCGGAAGCUGGAGGAUGAGCGGGACGCCCUGCUGCACAGCAACGGGGCCCUGCGGCACCGGCUGGAGCGGCUGGAGCGUGGGGACGCGGACCGGGCCCCCGAGCGUUCGCUCAGCUUCGGGGCCGCCGGCAGAGUGCACGACGACAUCGCCGGACUGGUGCAGCGGCUGGCCGAGGACCCGGACUCGGAGGAAGACACGCUUCGUGGACAGCGCCACUUCGGCUGCGAUGGCCUCUGAGGCCCGGGAUCCUCAGCGGUCUAGUCAGGUGGCCUCACGGCGGGGCACGCUUCUUUCGCGGAGCCAGUCCAGCGUCCUUCUUGCUCCGCCUCGGUGUCUUGGUGCUCGCUUUUUCCCGUCACUAAAGUAGGCCACCGUAGGGCGCAGAUUGGACAUGAGUGCUGCGUCGGUUGCGACUCGUGUCCUGGCUGAUGAAGUCCUAGAGGUCAUCCUAGACGUCAUCCGAGUGCAGCAGCAGUUGCAUCCCACCUAUGUCGUACGGUGGCCAUCUUUGGUGACAUGUGGAAAUUCGGCCCUAAGGCACCUAGAAGGCGUUGAUCGCAUUCCAAAAUUAACUCGUCCGGCGUCGCUCAGUUGGCCCCUUCAAUUGUAGAGGAAGCUGCCGGAAAGGUGGCACACUCUCGAGUGGCUUGCAGUCGUCCAGAGCGGGAGGUGUUGGAAAGCGGCUUUAAGGGGAGCCAGUACCCUCUGCGGGGUCCCUGUCGUUUCCUCAAAACCUGUUUCGUAGACUUUUCGUAGACACACGUUUCACGGACACAAGUUUCGUCAACACUUGUGACGCGAAUUGCACGUUGUAGGGAGUAUUUUGUCGCUCGCAAAUCCCCAGAACGCAUGUUAAUCUACCCGGCCCACCCGCUCAUGCCACUUCGUGGCAACAGUCUGCCGCGGUUGUUUACAAAAUUGUUAACCCACCUGGCUCACCCGUGCAUGCCGCUGGUCCGCGAAAGUCUGAGGCGGCUCAUUACAUAAAAUUACAGGCACAUUCCUUCAACCAAAUGAGAUGAAAUGUGGUAGCUUUACAGAGCGUCAUUAGCGAAAACAAUUAGGAAAGGAAAUUAUAUGGUGAGGAAAUAAUUGUAAUAGUAUGCCGUGCACACAUCAAAGUCAACAUCAAGAACAGCGUCUAGGACGACAUCAAGGAUGACAUCAAGGUCAGCGUCUCAAAUGUCGUCUAGGACGGCAUCUCGAACGUCGUCCAAGACAACCCUUAGGACGACCUGAAGGACGACGUCUAGGAUGACCUCUAGGACUACCUCUAGGACAACCUUGAGGACUCCGUUUAAGAUGGCGUCGAGGAUAACGUCAAGGAUGGCGUUUAGGACUAUGUCGAGGAUGACGUCCUAGAGGAUGAUGUCAAGAACGACCCCUAGGACGACCUGAAAGACAACCUCAAAGACGACGUCGAGGACAUCAAGUCACGUCAGCCUCAACUGCCGAGGCUGACGCGACCGGUGGUUACGUGAUCGGAGCUUACGCGACCUUGAUUAUGCGAUCUUGCACUUCAACCGCGGGCAUUACAUGACCUUGAUUACGUGACCUUGAGGACAUAACCUUGAGGCUGAGUACAUAAUUUUUAGCGUGAUUGGGCCUAUAAAGCUACCGCUUUAAGAAGGUAAUCUAAAGUGUCGAGACAAUCUGUCGAUGAAACUACCUGUUGGUGAAACAAUCUGUCGAUGAAACAAUCUGUCAAGGAGACAUUGCGUGUCGAGGAAAUGAUCUGUCAGUGAAACGUCGUUUGAUGAACCGAUUGCCACCGUUCCAAUCAGGGUGCCCAAUUUCGGUUGAGUCCUCGCGUUGCCUCACCAACUCAAAUUGAGCGGUUUCUAGAGAAAGAAACCGCGCAGAGGGUGCCUGCCAGACUGGAGCUUGCUCUUUCCAAAGAAUGCCGGACAUAUCCCUCUUCGCCAUCUACUCCUUAAGCCCUUCAAUAACAUUCAUGCUUCGCGUUCCUUACAAGUACUGCAAACCACUGUUCUGCAAACACGCGAGACACAUACCAUGAGCAGGGUCUGCGCUGCCAUUCAUUUCCUAGGGCUGCUCAUUUCGGUGCAUUGCCUCCAUUUGCUUCCAAGGGCCGUGCAAGGCACAAGCCUCGUGCGCAUUUGACGCUACUUGUAAGGCAAGCGCAUCGAGGGGAUUUAUUUACACUGACUAUGGUACGAGAGAUUUUGCUUUCAGCAGUCACGCUGUGUGUUUCUGCCCAUUGGUCGGGAAUCGCGAGUUUAAAUUUCCUAGCAUUAAAUGUAUGUAUGAUCUGUUCUCCGGGUGGCGCAAACUCGUGCGACAGUUUAUGCUCGACGUGCUCGGCAGGUAAAAUCAUCGACGUCGAAACGCCUUCUCGUGACUGUGACAACGCGUUUUGCAUUAGGAGUAAUCUCUAUUAUACUCGAUCCCGUCUUAGCGUGCGCCGAAGCUUUCUUGUCAUGAUUGUUUAAGGGGUACCAUUGUCCCACGAGCAUUCUUGCAACCGAUACACGUGCCCCCAGUAUGACCUCACGACUGUAACUUUUCUAGCUGUCCACGUUAGGGCGAAGCAAACUGAAGCUCUCUUGGAUCGCUUCUCUACAUCCCAUCCCAGGUGCUCGGAGACACUUUUAUGUGUGAAGGACUCAUGGCCUCGACACCACAAAGUCUCCCAUGUUGGCAAUACUGCGGUCCUAGGUCACCUGGUCUGGAAUAUUUUCCUUACACCGAGGGAAAGUUUUUCCUAGAGACAAAUCAAAGUGCUUGUGGCGUGCUGCCAAUGUUGAGAGUCAACCAAUCAAAUGGCUCGGAGAACCUACUGGAUGGGCGUGCUUUCGGAGAAGCCACCGUGGACAGAUCUGUUCUUUCAUAAAACCCCGCGUACCCAUCGAAAAGACAGACAAUUGGGAAUGUCUUCCGUACUCGAGGCCUAGGGGUCGCAUUAUUUUGAAAUAAUUGAAAUGCCACGUGAUGGGUCCUACAUCUGCUUCAGAACAAUUAUUGAAAUGUUUCGAGACUUUUUAUAAACUUUUACUUUGUUUUUCUCUUUUUUUUUUCACUUACUUGCAUCGGCGCCGCUUGGGGUGACAAAAUUUACUAGAGUGGCAUCCAGCGAAGUUUUCAGCCCAGUGAGAUCUAUGGUGGUACAGUGAGGUGUUUCUCAUUGUUCGAGGAGUCUCGGUCUUCUUGGUCCGUCCACACUGCGACAGGCGGGAGCACGCGACAGGGUGCUGCCACGGGGCGAGUCUCGUCGGUUGUUUCUGCUGAAAAUGGUGGCCACUAUAAAGAAACUAGUGGGGUACUUUGUAAUUCAGUGUUUCUCGCUAUUUUCGCAGUAUUUCUCCCCAAAUAUAACGCAGAUCGGUUUUUGCACGCCUUUGGCAAAGCCCUUCGUUUUUACUGUUUGAAAGACGUCUGGACUUGCUCCGCAGAGAAAGCUCGUUAAGUUUGUGAAUGGCUACAAGCAUGUUGGUGAAGUAUCUCGGAUAUUUAGAUGAUGUCUAGGCACGGGUUGUUUGCAAAUCGUACUCUACAUUAUAAUUUACCUCCCGGUUUGACUCGAUUUGCACACAGUUUUGUGAACGGUGCCAGUGCAUCUGUUUCCCACAAAGAAUUCAUUACAAUCUACACAUGAGCAUUGCAAAAGGUGGGGUCAGCAAAGCGUCUAUUGCAAAAUAUUUGUGCCGGAUUUUCGGCAUGCAAAACAUGUCCGUCGUCACGGUGCAGAUGGCCUGAUCGUUUGAAGGUGCUUUAUCGGCCUCGUCAUUGCCGAGGCUUGUCCUGCGAUGAUUUUGUGCCGGCUAUGGACGCUCUGGCCUUGUUCGGAAAAGGUGCCUGGACGACCGAGAUAAUGAAUAGGGUACUUCCAUUCGUGUUGGCACUCUGCUAAGCUGGCACACUUGUUUUGCCCUUUUUUUUUCUCAGUGUUUCGAGGAUUGCGGGACUUUCUAGUGGCAACUUGUCAGACAGGUUCAUGUGUCACGAGAUUACACCCGUUGGAAACAUUGUUGUGGAAUUACUUUUAGUUAGUUCUUUUUACCCAAAGAAUCUUUUGGAACAACCUAAAAGGGCAAUUUCAGAACAUUGUUUUUCGUUUAAUAUAAGUGUAAUGGAGUAAAGUAGUCUAAAAUUUAGGCUGCAAGAGUUUUGGUUUAGUGUUGCGUUGUUUCGUCUGAAUGCGACAAAACGGAAAAAACACAUCUUUUUUUUCUGCGUAUCUGUAGUAUAUGGCCUAUUUUGUAAUUUUUAUGCCUUAAAUAAAAAAUGCCAAACAUUGUA